AAACCCAACCAAGCAUAAAAAAUUGGAGGCCGAGGGUUUAAAACGGCCCCUUCAUCCAAACGCCAACAAGAAACUCGAUUUCUUUGCCAAAUUCACAUUCACAUUCUCUCUCUCUUCUCCGAUUCUGUAAAUUUCGUUGCAGAGAGCGAAGAUGAUGCACAUGACCUUCUACUGGAGCAAGGAGGUGACUCUCCUCAUCAAUUCAUGGCGGACAAAUUCAUGGUUGAGUUAUUCCCUCUCUUUGCUUGCUUGUUUCAUUGUCUCCAUUUUCUACCAGUAUUUGGAGAAUUAUCGAAUCCGUUUGAAGCUUCUUCUGUGUCGGAAGCCAUCGCCGUCAGAGAUCGAGGCCCCUCUCCUUCGAUCUAAAGUGGCUGGGAAGUUUCAGGCUGUGAGAUUUGCUGCAGCUCUGUUUUACGGAGUCAACUCGGCGAUCGGUUACCUUCUGAUGCUCGCGAUUAUGUCCUUUAAUGGCGGAGUUUUCGUUGCAAUUGUCUUAGGGCUUGCGAUCGGUUAUUUGGUGUUUAGGAGUGACGAUGAGGACGUUAGUGUUAGUGUUGAAAAUCCUUGUGCAUGUGCUUAGUUCUUUCCCAAGGAGCCAAACAGAUAAGAAAAUGAAACAAUUGCUAUACCUGCUUCUUUAAAUUAUGAAUAGGUUUUUUUCAUUGUUUUCGUUUCUUGCAGAAUUGAUUAAUCGGUCCUGUUGUUCAAUUAUGCUAUUUGAAAAUUUGUAGCUCUGUUUAGAUCUGUUCUGGGUAGGAAAUUUGUUCAUAAAUAUGAUAAAAUACUAUGAUUGGGAAAGAAAA